UGGGGGCACCCCAGGGGCAGGUGUUGAGCCAAGAGGUACAUGUGCCCAUGCACAUGUGUGAGGCGGGUGCUGGCGUGUGCUCCCCUGGCCCUGGGAUCUGGGAACAGGCAGAGAUGCCGCUUCAAGGCGUGACGGCGUGUGGGCGGCUUGGCCCCCUGCCCGGCGCCCUGGCUACGUUGCAUGGAGCCGCGGCCCCCGCCAUAUAAAUAGCCGGACGUGAGCACGGUGGAGUGGAGGGGGCCUCGCGGGGCUGGGGUCUUCCCCACCUCUGUCCUCUGUUGCACAGCCCCUUGUGUGAGCGCUCACACUCGUGCAAGGCAGGUCUCGGCACAGCCCAGCGGGGUCUCACAAGGCCUGAGAGGUCAUGGGGUAACGUCUCACCAGUCUGGGCCCCAAUGCAAAUCCUGUACGGAGGGAGCGUGAGGCACCUUUGCACUAGCGAGUGUGACCACACGACGGGGCCCCACGUGGAUCCAGGCCCAGCUGGGAAGGGACACGACUGCUGGGCUGAUACACAGGGGAGGGGAGGGAAAGCUCGGCUCCGGGCCCUACGGCUGGCUGGAGGGAGAAAUGGGCACUGCGUUCACUCUGGAACCUACGGACAACCGCACACGAUCUCCUGGGCUGGCCUGCAGAGUUAACCCUUUCACUGCCGGCCCAGCUGGCAGUGCUGGGGCUGGGGGCGCUGCCAACUCUCCUCUCCCUAACCUCCCCCCCCACAGCGUAUUCCCUGGGGCAAGGGAGAGCAGCCUCCUGGCUGGUGCAAGGGGCAUUGCCCGCCCAGUGCCAGGGCCAGGGAGAGGCCUGGUCUCAAGGGGUGGGCAAUCAGGCAGGCAGGGGUUAAUGGGGAGUGGGUGCAGGGGCGCAGCAUGUGUGGGGGGAACAUUCCUCUGCAGCCUCAAAGGGCAGGAGGGGGCGGCAUCACCCACCCCUUUCCCUCACCCUGCUGCCCUGUGUGCACGCGUGUGUGCAUGUGCUGGUCAGCCUGUGUGUGCAUGUGUGUGUGCCUACAUGUGUGCAUGUGCUGGUCGGCCUGUGUGUGCAUGAGUGUGUGCACAUGCUGGUUGGCCUGUGUGUGCAUGUGCUGGUGGGCCUGUGUGUGCAUGCGUGUGUGCACGUGCUGGUUGGCCUGUGUGUGCAUGUGUGUGUGCCUGCAUGUGUGUGCAUGUGCUGGUCAGCCUGUGUGUGCAUGUGUGUGUGCCUACAUGUGUGCAUGUGCUGGUCGGCCUGUGUGUGCAUGAGUGUGUGCACAUGCUGGUUGGCCUGUGUGCGCGUGUGUGUGCGUGUGCUGGUCGGCCUGCGUGUGCAUGCAUGUGUGCACGUGCUGGUUGGCCUGUGUGUGCAUGUAUGUGUGCCUGCAUGUGUGUGUGCAUAUGUGUGUGCAUGUGCUGGUCAGCCUGUGUGUGCAUGUGUGUGUGCCUGCAUGUGUGCAUGUGCUGGUCGGCCUGUGUGUGCAUGAGUGUGUGCAUGUGCUGGUCGGCCUGUGUGUGCAUGUGCUGGUCGGUCUGUGUAUGUGUGUGUGCAUAUGUGUGUGCAUGUGCUGGUCGGCCUGUGUGUGCAUGCAGACGCAUCUGCGUGUGCAUGCAUGUAUGUGCGUGCAUGCAAAUCUUUAUGCGUGCGUGUGUGUGCGCGCGCACAGGCAUGUUGUGGUGUGUGCGCACGUGCGCUCGCGUGCCCAUGCUGCGUGUGUGCAGGCCUGCUUGAGAGUGAGCGUACACGUGUGUACACACACUGAGGUGUGCUCGCGUGUGCAAGCCCCGGGGGUGGGGUGCGUGUGCCCCAUCGUGCACACGCGUGUGCAGCCCCCCGCCGGCGCCCGCGCUCCGGUGGGCGGGGGGGUGGGGUCCGGCCCCGGUGCUCGGCGCUGCCCCCCGCCCGGCCCGGCGCGGCGCGGCGCGGCGCGGCUCGGCUCUGCCGGGGGGGCGGCGCUCCCGCCCCCGGAGCCGCCCCCGCGCACCCGCGGCCGCCGCUAUUUCCCCGCGCAGCCGCGUGGAGCCGGGCCAGAGCGAGCGCCGCGCGCGGACCCGCCGGAUCGGGACCGGGAUCGGGGCCGGGACCCCCGGGAUCGCCAUCGGGACCGGGACCCCCAUGCCCGGGGCGCCGCGCCCGGCUCCAGCCACCGCCGCCCCGGGCGCACCAUGGCGCUGCCACGCACACUGGGCGAGCUGCAGCUGUACCGGGUGCUGCAGCGCGCCAACCUUCUGUCGUACUAUGAGACCUUCAUCCAGCAAGGCGGGGACGACGUGCGCCAACUGUGCGAGGCGGGCGAGGAAGAGUUCCUGGAGAUCAUGGCGCUGGUGGGCAUGGCAGCCAAGCCGCUGCACGUGCGCCGCCUGCAGAAGGCGUUGCGUGAGUGGGCUGCACACCCCGGGCUCUUUGGGCCCCCGGCGCCUGCCCUGCCAGCCCGCGUGCCCCCAGUCCUGCCUGACGUGCCCCUGGAGCCACGGUCCCCAUCCCCACCCAGCCCUGAGCAGGAUGAGGAGGGCAGCACCUCGCCAGGGGAGCCCGAGGCACUGGAGCCGGCACUGGUGAGGGCCGUGGCCGAGGGUGUGGAGCGGCUGUUGCCUGGUGGCCCGCGGGCCGCAGCUGAGCCCGAGCCGGGGGCCCUGCAGCGCGUGGGCCGGCGCCUGGCACGGGCUGUGGGCCACGUCUUCCAGAUGGACGACGGUGACCGGCGCAAGGCGGGCGAGAUCCGGCGGCUCAGUGCCAUCUAUGGCCGUGGCGAGGGCCGGCGCCGCGAGGGCCGGCGCCUGUCUCUGCAGGAGCUUACCAUCAACGAGGCAGCCGCCCAGUUCUGCCUGCGGGACCAGUCGCUGCUGCUGCGGCGCGUGGAGCUCUUCUCACUGGCACGGCAGGUGGCGCGGGAGAGCGCAGGGCUCGGCCCAGCUCCCGCAACCAGGCAGCACCCGGAGGAGAGUGGAGGAGGGCAGGCCAAGAGGCUGAAGCAGGAGGUGGGGGAGCAGAGCCGCCCCGAGCCCCCGGUGCCACCAGGGGGGCCUGAGACCUAUGUGGCCCCAGGCAGAGCGGGCCCCGAGGACGAUGGCAGCUUGUCGGGGGACAGCCUGGACGGGCCCCUGCAGGCAGCAGGACCCUGCCCCCAGCUGACGCCCCCCCCCACCUCCGCCCCCGACCUGCCUCCCCACGGGUUGUGGAGCCGGCACAUCCUGCAGCAGACGUUGAUGGACGAGGGGCUGCGCCUGGCACGGCUGGUGUCACACGAGCGGCCCGGGCACCUCAGCCCCUGCCUACCCAGCAAGGCCCCAGGGCCCGAGCUGGACAACGGCCUGCCUGAGCGGGGGGCUCCGGCCCAGCCCGAGAGCCGCCGGAGCAGCAUCAAGGUGGAGCCCGAGACCAGCCGGCAGUGAAGGCCCCCCGCCCGCCGGACCCCCCCACCCUCCCCCACCAAGCAAUAAGGCCCCUAGGGGAAUCCACCUCCCACAACUGCCUCAUGGAGCCCCCAGCCCCCUCCCACCCUUGCCUUUAAUUUAACCCCUUGUAGCCCCUUGCCCCCCCACCCCAGGACCCGGCACAAGGCCCCCACAGGCGCCAGCCCCUCACUCCCCUGCUGAGACCCUGCUCCCAAAUGCGUGUGCACACGCGGCCCCCAGCAACAUACACACACACACAGGCUCACCCACCCAGGCCCACACUGCACCCAGACAUGCAUGUAGACAUGCACAUGCUACACCCUAAUGCCCAGACCCACAGACACAUGCACCCCCAUGUGUGCCCCCACUGCACCCACAUGAAUGCAGAAACAGACGCACACACGCACACAUGCACAGUGCAGUGCACACACAUGCACGUGUCCACCUUCAUGCAACUCCCACACAUGCUCAAAUGCAGCUGCAUUCACCCCCCACUGCCCAAACACCCCGGUGCACACACACCUCUUGCACAUGCACACAACCUGGCUGUGUGCCCAUCCUGCCUCUGUGGUGGUGGGGGGCACACCAGCACCCAUAUGCCUCCAGUAGGUGAUGCUCCCCCUCCCUCCCCGCACAACCUCACAGUUGCGAGGGGUAUCACGGGUAGGAGGAAUUGGAGGAAAACCCCCACCCCCCUGCAGAAGCCCCCUCAGCCUGGACCCCAGCCCUACUGCAGGGCCUAGGCCUGCGCCUGGUGGGGGGAGGGAGCUGCGGGGCCCCACACCUGCCUGGGACCUCAGCUCCUCAGUGCCGUCUCCUUUGUACGUGUACAGUAGAUUAUUUAUUUUGUUAUUUUGGAAUAAAACUUUAUUUUAUGGGUUA